UAGCCAGUCAACCGGAAAAGUCGACUCUGUAAUUGCAGGAAAUCUAGAGAGAGAGGAGGAGGAGGAGGAGAGAGGGCUAGGACGACGUUGAUGGCGUAGAGUUUAGGGUUUCUGAUUGCUCAAACUGAUGCGUUCCUCUUCGCCCCGUAUGGCCUCGAAGCUCUUCUGUAUUCUCCUAUGCUUCCCCGCUCUAUUUCACGCCUCUCUCUCAGCUACAGAGGAUGUGAACUUCCAGUCAGUUCCUGAUCUCCAAAAGUCCAUGUACAAGGUUGUUGACGGGUUUCCUUGUGUACGACUUCUUAAUCUUUCAGGGGAGAUUGGUUGUUCAAUUUUUAUUGUAUCCCUAGACCCUGACCGCGAGAAGGUUGUUGCUCCAAUUGUAAGAUACAAGAAUGCUGAUAAGUUGGCUCAGUUAUCUGCAAUACUGGUGUCAUUACAUGAAUUUGACAGUUUUUUUCUUAGAGUAUCGAAUGAUGUAGAUUUUGCUAAAUAUGUUGGUGGUGUUUUAGUUGAAUCAGGAACUGACGUCCAAAAUGAGUUAAAAGGUGUUUCUAUGGAUGAAAAGUUUCCCCAAGCUGAAUUCUCUCCUUAUAAAAACAUCAGUUAUCAAUGGAACCCAAUUGGAUCCGGUAUUAUGUGGAACAAUUAUGAUUUUCCUGUAUUUCUACUUUCUGAUAGUAGCACCUCGACCCUCAAGGAGGCAGCCAUAAAGAAUGAAGGGAACAAGAAAGCUUAUACUACCGAUGUUGCAGAAUUUGAUCUGGUUAUGCAGACAACAAAAUCGGGGACACGUGAUUCAGAAUCUUGCUUGAAAGAAGGGACUUGCCUUCCAUUAGGCGGAUACAGUGUGUGGUCGGCCCUUCCACCAGUCAAUACUUCGUCUUCAGAAUCAUCUAAGCAUAUCAUAUUAGCUGUGGCAUCCAUGGAUUCUGCAUCUUUCUUUCGUGACAAAAGCCUUGGUGCAGACUCCCCAAUAUCUGGAUUGAUUUCCUUGCUGGUGGCAGUUGAUGCUCUUUCUCGUGUUGUGGAUGAUCUUGGUAAACAGCUAGUUUUUGUAAUUUUCACUGGAGAGGCAUGGGGUUUCCUUGGUAGCCGAAGAUUUCUUCUUGAACUUGAUCAAAAUUCAGAUGCUGUCAAUGGGCUUAACAGUUCCUUAAUAGAUAUGAUUUUGGAAGUUGGAUCUGUUGGGAAGGGAUUCAGUCAAGGAACCAAAAGUUUUUUCGCUCAUACCACACAGGUUUCAGCUGCCACAAAUGAAACAUUGAAUGCUUUAAAACUUGCUCAACAUUCACUUCAAUCUAGUGGCAUUGAUAUCUCAAAGGCUAGUGCAUCAAAUCCUGGUAUACCUCCAUCAUCAUUGAUGGCAUUUCUGAGGAAGAACUCCCAGACAUCCGGAGUUGUUCUAGAAGAUUUUGAUUCUGCCUUCACCAACCAAUUCUUCCAUAGCCACCUUGAUGAUUUGUCAAACAUUAACUCCUCAUCCAUUGUAGCUGCUGCUUCUAUUGUUGCCCGCACUCUCUACAUUCUUGCCAGCAACAAGAAGGAUUUAACUGCCACCUCUCUAACUCUAAGUGCUAUUAAUGUGAAUGCUUCUCUGGUUGAAGAACUUAUGGGUUGCCUAUUGAGCUGUGAACCAGGCUUAUCCUGUGAGCUGGUGAAUCACUAUAUUUCACCCACCAAUACUUGCCCAAGCCACUAUGUUGGUGUCGUUGAGGGGGAACCUUCGUCCACACCUUAUCCUGGAUACAUUAGUGAUGUUUCACGGUUUCUUUGGAAUUUUCUGGCUGAAAAAACAUCGAUUCCUUCAGAGAGUGCAAGUUCUGGUUGCCCAAAAAAUUGCAGCGGCGCUAAUCACUUGUGCGUUAGAUCGGAGAUAGAUGGAAAGGGAGUUUGCGUGGUCUCUACAACCAGGUAUGUACCGGCAUAUUCAACCCGGUUGAAGUUUGAGUCGGAAAGUUGGGAGUUGUUGCCCCCUAAUUCGUCUGAUCCCAUGGGGCUGGUCGACCCUGUUUGGACGGAGAGCAAUUGGCGUACAAUUGGGCUUCAGGUUUAUACUGUACAGCAUGCAUUUUAUGACACUAUAGUUCUGCUGGCUGGUGUGAGUCUUACGAUAUUAGCUUACCUUGCGAUACUACUCAUCAGAUCCAUCAUCAACAAAGCCUUAAAGCAGGAUUGAAGGAAAACUACAUUAUUGUAACUUCUAUUUUUGAUAGGACAUUAUUGUAACUUCUCUCCGGAUUUUGGUUUUAUAACUUCACGAGGCAGCCUUGAACACUGUCCACAAGUUAAGCUUCUGGUAAACUUGUUAGUUCUCUGGGUAAGUUUUUAAAAUUGUACCCAUGCAAAAUUAUGGGAUUACAGGGUUGUAAAGAACCAAAAAUAAAUAGGCCAUUAAACAUUUAAAUUGGACAA